AUUAAUGACACUUUCAAAGUUCAGCAAGGUGAAAUGCAAAAAUUUCAAAAUGCCAGAAUCAAAUAGUUUCCAAGGGAGAGUGUAUUGGGAAGAGAAAUCUAGUCACACACUACCGCUCGAGUUUGAUGGAGUACCAUUCGUUAUAAUUGGUUCACAAGUUCGGGAAUGUGUCAAUGGACCCGAUCGCCAUCGCUCGGAAAAGAAGAAACAUUCUGAAAAGCAGCAGGAAGAACAUGGUUACACAGUUAUGGGAAAAAAGAGGUGUUUGCUUCAGACUACAAAAAAGAUGAAUUGCUCUGCAGCAAUUCAUCUUAGAUAUAUAGUCAAGUUCCCAGAAUUUAAGCUAAAUAAUAACACUAAAUGGGUCAGAAAGAAACAAGGAAAAGAGUUGAAAGAGGCUAUGAAAAGAGGAAAUGUGGUUGCAGAGCACAGGGUGUAUGUAUGUUUUCCAUCAAACGAGGACCACAUUGGUCAUCUAACUGAAGAGUUUGGCUUGAUGUCUCAGAGAGUAGACAAGUCCAUUAUCUCUAAAAUACACAUGCUUGUUGGAGAAGGAGUCACAAAUGCUGCCGAAAUGAAACGUCACCUUUCAAUAUUUUGUAAGACGCAACAUCCAGAAAUGCCAGAAUGCAGCAGACGAUUUUAUCCAUCGAAUAAAGACAUACGCAACCAUAUGUAUAGGGCUAUGCGACUAACACAAUUUUCUUCAGAGGAUCAAGAGAAUCUUUUGCAGUGUGUAAACAAGUGGAAAUUAGAAAAUCCCAGUGACCAUUACUUUUUUAAUCCAAGUCCAAGUGAUACAGAUGAAGAAGACACUGACAGGGCUUUUAUAUUUGUGCACCAGACUUGGUGGCAGCAGGUGUUACUUAGGCGGUAUGGAAAUGAGAUUUGCCUCUUGGAUGCAACCUACAAGACCUCAAAAUAUGAUAUCCCUCUGUUUUUUGUAUGUGUUUCCACUAAUGUAGGUUACUCCAUAGUUGGAACAUUUCUUAUUCCAAAUGAGAAGACAGAGAGCAUCCAAAGAGGUCUUAGGGUUCUCCAGGAGUGGAAUGUGGAUUGGAAACCAGCAUAUUUUAUGACAGAUUAUGACAUAAAAGAGAUAGCAGCGAUAGAAAACACCUUUCCAGGUACGCUGAAUAUUAUUCAUAAUAUGCUCUUCACUCUGAAAGUAUAAAUCGUGACACAAUAGUGAUAAUUUCUAUGUUAUUUUUUUCCUUAUUUUUCUCUUUUUUUUGCUUUCAGAAAUACUGAUAGGUGUGUAGAAAAUUUCAUGCAGACUUUUCAUAAUUAAUUUUCUCAAUGUUUCAUAUGUAACAUUCUCUUUUCAUGCCCCCAAAGGUGGUAACAUUGCCACAUGUAUAUGUGUUUGUCUGUGUAAAUUUAUUUAUGGGCUGUAUCUCUGCCAUCCAGAAAGGGAUUUAGAAAACAUUGGCAUAAAUGUUCACGAUAAUGAGAAGACAUGUCGUGCUCAAUACCAUAACUUCAAGGUCAAUGUCAUAGUCAGAGAUAAAAGGUCAAAAGGGUCUGAUUCAUGUCUGGUCUCUAACUCUGCCAUCUGUGAAGAGAUUUUGAAAUAACUUAAGAUGAAAAUUCACCAUAAUGAGAGGAUGUGUCAUGUGCUUGGCCCAGGCCCCCUAGCUCAAAGGUCUAGGUCACAUUUAAUGGCAAAAGGUUAAGAGUCUAUUUCUUGUCUGUUUCAAAACUCUGUUCCAAAAAUGCCAUUGAUGAAGGGAUUUUGAAUUCACUUGGCAUAAAAAUUCCAUAUAUUGAGAUGAAGAGACAUGUGCAAGA